AAAACAUUUAACUUUGAGUCAAUAAUUACCAACUUCCUCAUAAAAUCUCCAUUCCGGAAAUACACCAUGUUUAACUUGUACCAAUCGAUAAACAAGAAAGAACAGGACGAAAAAGAAUCUCCAGUGAUUGGUCACGAACGAUGGUACCAAGAGCGUACUUCAAGAUCGAGCAACAAACGCAAAAAGAUUCGUAGAAGAGCACAUAGCGCUGCAGAAUUUUCGGACACAGUACUGACCGCAGCUGCCAAAAGGGCUGCUUUCAAGAAUCGCAGUCACAGUACUGAGAAGAAAAGUGAUGGGGAUGAAAGCAAGGGUACUUCGCAGAGAGCUGAUUCUAUAUCGAAAGUACUUUUUAGUUUUCGGAGACAAUCAACCCAACCAAAAUUCGAGUACAGUGCCGUAAAAACCGACGCCGGCAAUGACAAAUACAGGCCUGAAUCGACCAUACGAAAUGGCGUUUUUGUUGCUGUCAAAAGAAACCUGGAGGAUAGCGAACGAUACGAACUCAGAGCUCAACUGGGCGAAAUUGGUCAUAGAGCUGAGAAAAACUGGUUUACCGUCCACGAUUUGAACAUUGGCGCUGAAAGACUGCUUACGUUGUUACCAUUGCCGUCCACCUGUCCAAUUAUUCCAUCUCCGCAAAUUAGAGAAGUUUUCCUAGAACUUUUUAG